AUGAGACCUCAACUCUUCACCAACGCGCUCCUAGGCGGUCUGGUUGCCGGCUUGGCGUCGGCCACAGCCUCCAGCAGCGUCUCGCUCGCAACUGCCACAUGCAAUCCUCUCAAGUCCACAGGCUGUCCCGCCGAUCCAGCUCUCGCCAGCUCCGUGGUGGAGGACUUCAAGUCCCAAAGCGACCAUUUCUCGGUCUACUCUACUCCAGAUCAGAUCUUCUACACCGACGAAGGUCUCAAGCUCACGCUCGCCAAGCGGUUCGACAACCCGUCGCUCAGAUCCAACUUCUACAUCAUGUUCGGUAAGAUCGAGGUGCUGCUCAAGGCGGCCAACGGAACAGGCGUGAUCUCGUCGUUCUACCUGCAAUCUGACGACCUGGACGAGGUCGACCUCGAAUGGUUUGGCGGAGACGGCUACGAGGUGCAGACAAACUACUUCUCCAAAGGAAACACAGCUACUUACGAUAGAGGCGGAUAUCACAAGAUGGACGACCCAAGAUCCGACUACCACAACUACACUAUCGACUGGACGUCCGAGGCGCUCACCUGGUACGUUGACGGCCAGGCCAUUAGAACACUCACCAACGACUCGUCCCAGGGCUAUCCUCAGAGCCCAAUGUACCUGAUGAUGGGCAUUUGGGCGGGUGGAGACAGCAGCAACAGCCAGGGAACGAUCGAAUGGGCGGGUGGCUCGACCAACUACGACGACGCGCCGUUCUCCAUGUACAUCAAGAACCUGGUUGUGGUGGACUACUCCACUGGCUCUGAGUACCGCUACGGCGACACCUCUGGCUCGUGGACGUCGGUCGACGCGGUCGACGGCGAGGUGAACGGACGCCAGGAAAAGGCCGACGCGGAGUUCGAGGCCUUGGUGUCUGGCGACUCUGUGGACGACGAAGACGAGGACGACAGCACGACGUUAUCUGGCGGCUCUUUGAGCCGCACAGACUCGAGCGCGUCUGCUUCCGAGGACGGCUCGCACUUUGCGUCGGUCAGCUCCGUUGCCAGCGGGUCGAUUCCUAGUAGCAAGCGGUCGAUCACAUCUGACACACAGGCCAGCAGCGCGGCUACCACGCUCAAGACGGUCAACUCUGCCUCGUCGUUGUCUACGUCGGCGGCCUCGUCUUCGUACACUGCGUCCGCCUCUAGUGGCGCCGGCACUCAGCACACCGUCGGACUCCUGAACCUGUUUGCGUCGUUCGUCUCUGCCGGGUUGGUUGCACUCACCUUGAUUUAG